UCGAGUAUAAAUAACGAAGUUACGUCCUAUUGCUAAUCCCCUCGUCGCUGCGUCUCUCUCCCGCAACCUUACAGAUUCGUUUCUUUCCCCCAUCGAUCGGAGAGAGAGAGAAUAAUUCAAUAAAGCGACCAUGUUGGUGUACACUGAUCUUCUCACCGGUGAUGAGCUUCUGUCUGACUCUUUCCCUUACAAGGAGAUUGAGAAUGGUAUUCUCUGGGAAGUCGAAGGAAAGUGGACAACCCAGGGAUCUGUAGAGGUUAACAUUGGUGCCAACCCCUCUGCCGAAGAAGGUGGUGAGGACGAGGGUGUUGACGACACUGUUCAGAAGGUUGUUGACAUUGUCGACACCUUCAGGCUCCAGGAGCAACCUACCUACGACAAGAAGGGGUUCAUCGCCUAUAUCAAGAAGUACAUCAAGCUUUUGACCCCCAAGCUCAACGAGGAACAGCAAGCUGAGUUCAAGAAGGGUAUUGAGGGAGCUACCAAGUUCUUGCUCCCCAAGCUCAAGGACUUCCAGUUCUUUGUUGGGGAGAGCAUGCACGAUGACAGCACUGUGGUCUUUGCUUACUACAAGGAGGGUGCUACUAACCCUACAUUUUUGUACUUCGGACAUGGUUUGAGGAGGUCAAGUGCUAAGUGAGACAAGCUCUCGUUGGGGUACUGUGGUCGGUCGCAGCGACUCUAUUUAAGUCUUAUGUUUCGUUAUAUUGUUCUGUGUUUUUCUUACCUGAUUACUUUUCUUUCUACUUCUCAUCUCUGUUGCAAGAUUCUUAAGUUAUUAAUCGGAAAACAAUGGUUUUUAGUUGAAUUUUGGUUCGUCCUU